AGUUUUACCCGGAAGUGACGUAAUGUUUUGUUAUUCCAGGAAGAGGACUGGAAAGUACAGAACUGCGUAGACAAUUAUUCUGGCAGAUUUGUUCGAUUUUUCCUCUACAUUUAGACAUGACAACGUGCCACUGCUGAGUGUUUCACAACCCUCUUCAAGAGAGAACAUCAACAGAAUACAACAUGGACAUGUCAAACUUUGCCCAUGUCAUUUUUCAAAAUGUGGGUAAGAGCUACCUGCCACAUGCUGCUCUGGAGUGUCACUACACCCUAACACAGUUCAUCAAACCGCAUCAGAAAGACUGGGUUGGCAUCUUUAAGGUCGGUUGGAGCACUGCACGGGACUACUACACCUUCUUGUGGUCCCCUCUCCUGGAGAACUAUGUGGAAGGCACCACGGUCAACAGAGUGGUUGUCUUUCAGGGAUACUAUGUGCCAAACGACGACGGGGAGUUCUACCAGUUCUGCUAUGUGACCCACAAAGGGGAGAUCCGAGGGGCCAGCACGCCCUUCCUGUUCCGCGCCAACAGCCCCUCUGAGGACGAGCUCCUGACCGUGGAGGAUGAAUGCAACUCUGACAUCCUGGUGGUCACCACCAAGGCGGGCUUCCUCGAGCGCAAGAUGGAAGAAGCCCAGCGUGAGAAGGAAGAGCUGUCGGGAAACAUGGAGGUUCUGCAGCAGGAGAAGGAACAGCUGGAGGAGGAGAAGGAGCGCUUACAGAAGCGCUGUGAGCAGGAGGAGGAGAUGCACUCAAAGCUGAUAAGAGAGCACCAAGAGCUCCAGAACUCUUCCCAGGCCCUGCAGGAAGAGAGAGAGGAGGUGAAGAGGAGGCUGGAGGAGGCCACAGCCAGGGUCCUGCAGCUGGAGCAGGACCUGAUUGGAGUCACCCAGAAGGGUCUGCAGAAGGAGACUGAGCUAGAUGGCUUGAAAGAUAAAAUAAAGAAGCUGACAGUGGAGAGAGAGGCGUUGGAGUCCCAUCUGAAGAACGAGAAGGAUGAAAAGGAGCUCUACAAGAUUCACCUGAAGAACCGCGAGCUGGAGAACACGAAGCAGAGUGCGGAGCUGCAGCUGCUGAAGUCGGUGGACGUGAACAAGGACAACAGCAUCGCUCGCUUUAAAGAGGAGGUGGCGCGCCUCCAGGCCUGCCUCGCCGAGCAGGAGAAGCAGCACCUCCAGCUCCUGGCCAAGGUCUCCCCUCCGGGGGACAUGAAGGCCCUGAAGGAGCAGCUGAGGCAGAAGGAGGAGCAGCUGCACGCCACACGGCAGCAGUCGUCUAUGUUGGCAGCUGAGCUGCGGGAUGCCUCCAGCGCCCGCGACCACAGCAUGUCAGAGUUGUAUCGCAUGAAGCUUGAGGCGGACGCCCUGCGGCAGGCCAAGACCGACACCCUGGCCCAGUGCACGCGCCUGGAGCGCCUGGUGGAGCAGCUGAAGGCGGAGGCCAAGCAGGAGGCUGCCCGGGCGGAGGAGGAUGCUGUGGAGGAGCCAGUGGCGGAGCUGCAGAGAGAGGUGGAGGACCUGAAGCUCAGGCUCCACAUGGCGGCCGAGCACUACAAGGAGAAGUAUAAGGAGUGUCAGAGGCUGCAGAGACAAGUGUCCAAACUGUCGGAGCAGCAGGGGGAGCAGAGGAAGAGCUCUGCGGCUGAAGCUGCAACCGUUCAUGUGUCAGUGAGUCCGGACACCUCGGUUCCAGGGAGCCCGGGUUCAGCCGACCCCAUGCUAGAAGCGAUAAUCCAGGAGAAGCUCAAAGGCAUCAGCAGAGAGACCUCAGACAGGAAUGACAAGUACAGGAAAUGCAAACAACUGCUGACGGAGGAGAAGGAACGGAGCUGCAUGUUUGCCGAUGAACUUUCCAAAAUGGAGGUGAAACUGAAGGAGCAAGUGAAGACUAACGAUAACCUCAAACUGCAGCUGGCAGCGGAGGAGGACCGCUACAAGAGCCAGGUGGCGGAGAAAGGGCGCAAGCUGAAGGACCUGAAGGACACGCUUACCCUCCUAGUGAAGGAGAAGGAGCAGCUAGAGGGGGGUGUGAACAAGGGCAGCAGCAGGAAGGGGGAUCAGAGGGAGGCUGAGAGCAUUGAGGCAAGCACCCCCGUGUUCCUGCAGUACCCCAUCCCUUACACCCUGGACGCCCCCACUCCCAUGUUGGUCGCCCAGAGCUCCACCGAGCUGCAUUUUGGGAAUCCGUACUCUACCUCAGACCCACAAGGUGAGUCAGACGAAGACUUGUCCGACGAGCAGCUGCUCAGACUGCCCCCUUUGGGCCCGCCGUCCUGGGACAGCAACGUGGUGUGUAUUCAGCCCAGCCGCAACCUCAGCCGGCCCGACGACCUGGAGGAGCCCAAGGAGCAGCGCAACAACAACAACAGCAAUGGUAAUGAGCCACCGGCAGCAUACGACGCCCAGAGCCCCUUCAUGAGCGAGGCCCAGAGCCCCUUCUGCUUUGAGCCCAGUGUGGACAUGAAACGCUGUCCACUCUGUGAGGUCAUCUUUCCGCCCAACUACGACCAGAGUAAGUUCGAGGAGCAUGUGGAGAGCCACUGGAAGGUCUGCCCCAUGUGCAGCGAACAGUUCCCACUCGACUGCGAGCAGAAGAUCUUCGAGAACCAUGUUCUGACGCACUUCGACGGCAACGUGCUUAACUUUGAGUAGACAAUGGUUAAAUCCCAUCUGCUUGGCCUGUAUAUCUUCUCCGCUCAAUCACAUCAACUUCUCUUACCGCAUGUUCUAGUGUGAAGAUCUGCUCUUUAGGACCUUAUAGUAUUUUUGUUUUGUCUGCUGUUAUCUUUGUUAGUUCGAAGGUGGUUUGACAUAAAAAAACGUGAGAUUGUUUCUGACCUUCACUUAUAACCCAGGGCUUCUAUAUUCGGCGAUGAGAUGUGCAGAUCUAAAUAGGUUAUUUUUAAUGGUGCCUAAGUUCCUUCAUUUGGGUAUGACUUAAUUAAGAGCUAAGACUGUUCUUCACUUGGUUCUGUCGUAGCUCUAUUUUUUUCACUCGAUUUUACAAAUCAGGAAAAGAGGCAAAAUGUGUUUGUUUACCAAACGUACAUUGGACUCCAUCUAACAAAACUCAAACAACCUCUUCAGAUAGCAGCCUAGUGCACAAUAUGCAGGAGCGGAGAAGGAAUUGCUUGUGUGAUUACAUUAACAAAUUAUUUCAUGUGAUGAAAUCAUAUACUUUGUUUUUUCAUAUAUGUAAACAAUGAUGUUGUAAAAGCCUUGAUGAUUCAUGUACACUCUCAUCGAUUGUCUGUCUUGGUCAACUUCGGAUGUUUGAUUUCAUUAAUUAUUUCAGUAACCGUCUGGAUGAUGCCUUGCAUCUAUUUGGGUCUUUGGUGCAUGCCAGGCUUCUGUUAUUUCUUUCUGUUCUCUUCAGACUUCCAACGAUAACUUAUGUAUUUUAAAAUGUUUGAUUUGUUUUUAGCAAGCUCCAUGUAUUGCUUAUUAAAGAAUAAAGUCUGUUCAAAAGUCA